UGUAUUGUAAUACAAUUCUUCCUUCAGUUCUGCUUCUCUUACAUAAUCUUCAAUAUGCGUGGAAUCUUAUUUAUGUGGAAUGCUCAGUUGUAAGAAACCAGCCAUGUUUGUGGUUCUUUCUAGGAGUAUGAUGGUACCUUGAGUCUUACCACCAUAAUUAUGAACUCUGCACUGAUCUUGUCUUGUGGAUACAACUUGCAGACAUACGCUGGAGUUGAAAUGUCAUAACUCUGCACUUAGUGAUUCAUUUGCUGAGGUUGAUGCUGCUGAAUAUAACUCUGCACUUAGUGAUUCACGUGCUGAGGUUGAUGCUGCUGAAUAUGAUGGAUUGGUAAUGAGACCCUGGAGGCCGUGCACCCGAAUAAGUCACAAUGAAUGAAAAAGUGCUUGACUUAGUUACCAAGUCCUCUGAUGCUAAGAAGUCUAUGGCAUCAUUUUGUGUUGGACAGUUUAUUCUGGGGGCUGCGAGAGUAGUCUGCAGCCGUGCAUGCGCAUCAUAUCCUGCCAUUGAUCUUGUCACGGGAGCAGCUUAUGAUGAUCAUCCUGAAUUCAUCACCCUAUCCAUGAAAGCACUUGGGAGGCUCUGUACAUAGCAGGACCCAACGAAAUAAUGUUGUCCCUUUGCUGGGAUUAAAUGGAGGAUUACGAGGUUAUAUGGACUGCCAUUCAUUAUUUUGAAGGUGCCAAGCUUACAGAGAGAAACCUCGUUGAACACGUCAUUUGACAGUGUGAAUGCUCAAAGCUGUGAUGCACUUGUAAUCCCUGUUGGAUGGCCCUCCGAGUACCUUGCCCUGAAUGAUAAAGUAGCUUGCUUGGAGAGUGGUUCAUGGAUGAAGGAAAGGCAGCUCCAUCUGAUUCGCAAUUGCUCAUCUAUUAUCUGCUGCGGGUUCUUUAGGACUCCUGCUGCUGUUUUGCAAUAAAUCUCCCUCGUGUCUUCUGCCAUUGAGUGGUCACUGAUGGCUGGAGUGGUGCGCCUAUGGAACGAUUGGGAGGUCCAAAUCCUAGUGCUUGUUAGCUUCAUGCUGCAAGUGUUCCUGCUCAUGUUUGCCAGGAUGCGACGGCGGAACAUCUCCAUCGUCCCAAGGACCCUCCUCUGGCUGGCAUACCUGCUGGCGGACUCCAUAGCGAUAUACAUCCUUGGCCACAUGUCCUUCUAUGGCAAGUCCCACGGGCACCAACAGCUCAUGGCGUUCUGGGCACCCUUCUUGCUGGUGCAUCUCGGUGGCCAGGACAACAUCACCGCCUACUCCAUAGAAGACAGCCAGCUCUGGCCACGCCACCUGCUCUCUUUUGUCAUGCAGACGGUGGGAGUGGCUUAUGUCCUCUACAAGUAUGUUGCUGGCAGCUGGACCUUGGUCACAGGCGCAGCGCUGAUAUUUGUCAGCGGUGUUCUCAAGUAUGGGGAGAGAGUAUGGGCACUUAAGUCUUCCAGCCUGGAUAACAUGAGGAAGUUCCUUGACAGCAGGAAGUUGAGUGAGGCUAAACAAGGACAGAGACCACGGUGGGGCCAAGGGGAUAAUUUUGAUAUUGAAAGGGUUCUGCAGGGGGCUCAUGACCUUCUACCCAUUUGCAUGGCUCAGUUUGUGGACUAUAAGUUCUGGCCAUCUGCAUUCCAGAGUGAAGCCAUAGAGCUAUUCUAUAAGAAGGGCGAAAUGUUCGAGUUGGUUGAGAUGCAACUCUCCUUGAUGUAUGAUUUCCUAUAUACCAAGGCAGUGGUGGUCUUCACAUGGUAUGGAUGCUUCAUCCGUGCCGUUUCAUCAAUUGCCAGCAUCACCACUUUCUUCUUAUUUCAAUCAAGCAUUGGAAAAAAUGACUUCAACAGAGUUGAUGCCAUUGUCACAUACAUCUUAAUAGCUGGGGCUAUCCUCCUAGAGAUGACAGCUGUGUGGAAGGCAAUGGGAUCAACAUGGACAUGCGCAUUGUUGCAUGCUAGAAGAUGGCAUCGGCUUCACAGGAUAGUCGUAUCUGUUCGGCGGCGUUUCAAGGCUGCAGAAAGAAAUAGAAGAUGGUCAGGUUCCAUUGGACACCUGGAGUUACAUUACUCAUCUCUCGGGAGUGGAGGCUGCGUGCAGAGCUUGAGACGCAAAGAUUUAUGGAAGGUGUACCACUCCCUACCUAUCAUUUCAAAUGGUACUAAGAAGUUGGUGUUGGAAGUGGUAGAAAGAAUGGUGGAGAAAUGUGAAGGAAAAGAGGAUAUCAUGAGGAGUUACAAUGGUCAGUGUGCCCUGAAUGCAUGGAGCGGAUUCUUCAAGGAUCCCACCUCACACGCGGGCAUUGAUUUUGAUGAAAAAAUCAUUUCCUGGUACUUUGCCACUGAAAUAUUCUUCUCAUGGUCAUCUCGUGAGGAAGAGCAUAGUUAUGUUGUGGAGGCAAUCAAGAAAUUGUCUAACUACAUGACAUUUCUCCUUGUUGAACGUCCCUACAUGCUGCCUAGCCCUGUUUGCCACGGAUUGUAUGCCAAUACUGAAGCAGCAUAUGUGGGGCUUGAUUUUUCUGACAGGGAACGGAUUAGCAGAAAGUGGGGGCUGGACAGAACAAAAAAAAAUGAUGGAUCUGGACAAAAGAACGGACAUGGGCGAGCUACUCAAAGCAAAGUGGAAGUUGGUCAUAAUAAGUGAGGAUCUGGACAUAAUAAGGGAGGAUCUAGAUGGAAGAAGGAAGGAACUAGACAGAACAAGGCCGGCUUUGCAGCGUGAAGCGGAACUGAGCGGUACAAGGGAGGAGUUGGACAGAAAUUGGGAGGAGCUGGACAGAAGGAGGGAGGAGUUGGACAAUAUAAGGUUUGAGGUGGGCGUUUUAGAGGUGGGCACUACAAGGGAGAAGCUGGAGGUGCUAGACAGGAGAAGGGAAGAGCUAGACAGAAGAAGGGAGGGGCUAGACAGAACUAUGGUGGGGCUGUACAGAAUGGUUAAGGCGUACGGUAGAGAGAGGGAGCUGGAGAAGCCGAACAUAACAAUGGAAAAGCUAGAGGAGCUCGACAAAAAAAGUGAGGAUCUGGACAGAAUAGGGCUGGAUUUGCUAUAUGAAGCAGAGCUGCCCGGUACAAAGGAGAAGUUGGACAGAAGUUGGGAGGAGCUGAAUAUAAGGAGGGAGGAGCUGAAUAUAAGGAGGGAGGAGCUGGUCAAUUCAAGGUUUGAGGUGGCCGGGACAAGAGAGAAGAUGGAGGUGCUGAACAGAAGAAGGGAGGAGCUAGAUAGAACAAGGACGGGGCUGGAGAGAAUGGUUCGGGAUUACGGUGGAGGGAGGGAGCGAGGGGAACUGAACAGAACAAUGGAAAAGCUAGAGGAGCUGGACAGGAGAAUGGAGGAGCUGUACAGAAGAAGGCUGACUUUGCAACGUGAAGCAGAACUGAAGGGUAUAAAGGAGCUGGACAUAAGUUGGGAGGAGCUAGACAUAGAUUGGGAGGAGCUGAACAGAAGAAGGGAGGAGCUGGACGAUUUAAGGUUUGAGGUGGGCACGACAAGGGAGAAGCUGGAGGUGCUGGAUAGAAGAAGGGAGGUGCUGGACAGAAGAAGGGAGGUGCUGGACAGAAUAGUUAGGCUUUACGGAGGAGGGUGGGAGCUGGACAUGACAAUGAAAACUCUAGAGGGGCUAGACAAAAGAAGGGAGGAGCUGGAUAGAAGAAGAGAGGAUCUGGACAUAAGAAGGGAGGGGCUGAGCAGAAUAGAUAGGGCUUACGAUGAAGGGAGGGUGCUGGACGAGCUGAAAAAAACAAUGAAAAAGCUAGAGGAGCUAGAUAGAAGAAGGGAGGAGCUGGAUAGAAGAAGGGAUGAGCUGGACAAAAGAAGGUUUCGGAUUGACGGUAAAGGGGAGGAGAACCUGGCCCUGGCCAGAAUGAUUAAAAAGUUAGACAGAAGAAUCGACGAGCUGCGUUUCGGACCUCCACCUUCCUUAGUCCGUGGAGCGGGGCUUGCUGUUCGGCUAUUAGAGGCGGAGGCGCAGUGCGAGGUGGAGGCUGAGGUGCGGGACGAGGCGGGGGUGGUGGCGCGGGGUAAGGCGGAGGUGCGGCGGGUGCUACUUGGGGUGUGGGUGGAGAUGCUAUGCUAUGCGGCCCACCACUGCAGUAGGGAUUCCCACGCUAGGCAGCUCAACAGUGGUGGUGAAUUCAUUACCAUCGUUUGGCUUCUGUCCACUGCCAUGUUCAAUCGCCGGUACUGUGAUGAGGAUUGGUUUAAGAAGGGCGUGCGGAAGUUCUUCAGGCCACCAUUCCAUCUUGAGCAGUAUGAGGACGAGGGUUGUAUGCUACCUCUUUGCUGCGGUAUUUAUAUUGUGUAGUAAUUUAAUAUGCAAAAGAGGAGCAAAUUUAUGACUUGAUGAGUCGUUGAUGACUGAAAUAUGUGGUUGAUCUGUAGCAAUUUGUGAUAUUUUUCA